AUGAAAUUCAUAAUAAUAUUAUUGUGUUUGGCUUCUUAUUCAAGCGUAAAGUGCUACGACAGAGAAGAAUCAGAAGUGUUCGAAGAUGCGGAAACUGGUUCUGAAUGUAGACAUUGCGAAAGUGAUGAUAAAUUUGAAGAUGCGUACGAUAGUAAUCAAUUUUUUACUAAACUUGAGAAAAUAAACGAUACUGAGAUAAUGAGUAAACAAAAAAUAUCGUUGAAUUGUUUUGGAUUGGGUCGUAAAUUAGCGAAUUGGAUGGACUCAUUUUUGAGAAAUGAGUCGAAUGGUACAGAAGCUAUGAAAGUGUUGUUUUAUUCACGUACGAGAAGUCGGCCAGAAAGAAAACUUAUACAAUGCGGACAAACUUUUUCAAUAGAAGAAACCGAUUUUGAUAUUACUAAAAGAACGGUUUUCAUCGUUCAUGGAUUUUUUGCCGACGCAGAUGAACAAUGGGUUAUAGAUAUGGAACAAGCAUUAUUGUCUUGGGGUGAUUUAAAUGUUUUCGUUGUCGAUUGGAGCGACGGUGCCAGUACAUGGAAUUAUUUAAAAGCAGCCGUAAACACAAAAACUGUCGGAGAUCAAAUUGCAACUUUCAUAAACCAGAUAAUAGACGACGUUAUUGAAAACGUAGAAGCAAGUGAAUGGGGUCCACUUCACCUAAUCGGUCAUAGUUUAGGUGCCCACAUUUGUGGCUACACAUCUCAUGAGUUAAAACUCCGGGGAAAUCAAUGGCCAGUUUAUCGGAUCACAGGGUUGGAUCCAGCACAGCCAUGCUUUCGUUACUCAGAUCUGUCGCUACGUCUCGACAAAUCAGAUGCUUACUUCGUCGACGUAAUUCACACGAAUGGAAGAAUUUUAAGAAAAAUGGGUCUUGGUCUACCUUAUCCUCUAGGUCAUGUUGAUUUUUAUCCGAACGGUGGGAGAGUUCAACCUGGAUGUAUUCUCGCUGAAUCAUCUUUUUGGAAUUUUUUACCAGCAGUUAUCAAGGAAAUUAAGAAAACUGUAUGUAGUCAUGGGAGAUCCCAAAUAUACUUUAUCGAAUCGAUAUAUAUAGCAGUUGAGAAUAAUUGUACGUUUUGGGCGCGCGAAUGGGAUAUGUCAUUUGUGGGUCUUCAGAACUUAUCAUUACGUGAAUGUAACGUGGAUAAAAUGCAUCACGAGUGCAUUGAAAUGGGAAUAAACGCGGAAAAGUAUCAUCACAAUGGCACGUUUUUUACUGUGACUACAAGUUCAUCGCCAUUUUGCAAUGUGAGCAAAUAUGCAAUUGAUGAAGUGGUGGAAAACAUUGAAAGGAAGAUUACUACAACAGAUGAUUAUAUUCAUCAAAUAAGUUAGAUAUUA